ACUGAAUGUAUUACGGUCCGCGGACAAGGUACCGUCAACUAGGAGGUAUAAAAGUUGCGAAGAAGAACGAAAUCCGGGCACAAGACUCGCGGUCGCCUAGUGAAAAGUAUCCGUGGUCUAGUUUUAUCAGAAGUUGGAUCGAUUAAUCGUAAUUGUGUUCUUCGAUUCUCAUUUUUUUAUCAUGCGGGGGCUUAUUAUAUAUUUUAUGAUACUGGGAUUUGCGUGGGCAAAACCAGCGCCAGAGCCACCAGUGGAUUCAUAUUUCCCGCCAUCACCUGGGCAUAGUGGGGGCGGCGGUUACCCAUCGGGACCAGUCGAUUCUUAUGGACCACCACAGCGGCCAUCGGUGAUUCACAAGCACGUUUAUGUUCAUGUACCUCCCCCAGAAGCUCCUGAAUACAAACCGCCAAAGUAUUUGCCACCGGCAGCUGCACCGCAGAAACAUUACAAAAUUGUUUUCAUCAAGGCCCCGACUCCUCCGACCCCAACGGCGCCAGUAAUUCCCGUACAACCCCAAGAUGAGCAGAAGACUUUGAUUUAUGUCCUGGUUAAGAAGCCCGAGGAGGCGCCAGAUGUCGUUGUGCCGACGCCCGCGCCCACGCAGCCGAGCAAACCUGAGGUCUACUUUAUUCGCUACAAGACUCAGAAAGAACAGUCGGGAAGCUAUGGGCCACCGGCAGCACCGCAGGACAGCUACGGGCCGCCAUCUUCGGGAACCGGCGGUCCCUACUGAUGCGCCACGAAAUCACGCGUGCCAACAGCCAAAUAAAAUAUAAAUAUCGUUCAUUGUUAAUAUUAAUAUAAAUAUAAAUAUAUAAAUAUGAGUAUGAUUAAUUAUCAGUAAAAUUUUUCACUGAUCUCCAGUAAAAUCUUAAUGAUUUUCAGUAAAAAAAAAAUUGCUUGGAAAAUUUUUGAAGAAUUUUUAGAAAAAAAAAAGUAAAUAGAUAAAUAGACGGGAAAUAAAAAUUUUGAAAAUGUAAUCAGUGAAAAUUUUGCGGGUAUGAUAGAUAAUAAUUAU